AUGGCCUACAAUCGUUUGGGUAAAUUCCGCCUCCAGUCGUUCAGCAGUCCUCAACGGGACGGGCUCUAUUCUCCCAGUGCCCAACCUCAGUACGAUUCCAGAUCGCCCUCGCCAGGUCGACCGCUACAACCUUAUACUCAUCCCGACGAAGCCUACGCGCGACACCCGCUCCACCUACAAAUGCCUACGGCUUCUGAUGACCGCCUGGCAAUGCAACCUACAUACUCGGUAGAAAAUGUGCACAGUGCACAAGGGUAUAACCAGCAGUAUGAACAGCCACACCCCGCGGCAGGAGACAUGGGAUAUGGCAGAAACGACUACAUUGUUUCCCCAGAGGACCAUCACGACGCCUACUACACGCAAUCAUACUCUCCACAUCCUCAAGGCGACUACGCCUUGGAUCCAUACCCCAGCAACGAAGAAGCCUACCGACCCGAAAGUGACAAUGUGCCAAUCCUACAGCCGGACUCGGCUUAUGGUCCUGAUCCGCAAACGCAACCGGGAAUGGGAUACGACGACUACCCUGACGAGGUCCACCCUACACCGUCUCCGGCGCCGAUCAGGAGAUGGAAAACUGUGAAGGAGGUGCAGUUGUUCAACGGCAAUCUAGUGCUCGACUGCCCUGUACCUCCCAAACUCCUGGCCAGUGUUCCACACGCCAAACCUCCGGAGAGAGACGAAUUCACGCAUAUGAGAUAUUCGGCCGCAACUUGUGAUCCCUCAGACUUUUAUAAUGAAAGAUUUACACUGCGGCAGAGGCUGUUUGCGAAGCCUAGGCAGACCGAGCUGUUCAUUGUCGUCACCAUGUACAACGAAGACGAGUUUCUGUUUGCCCGCACGAUGAUCGGUGUUUUCAAGAACAUUGAAUUUAUGUGUAAUCGUGGCUCCAGCAAAACAUGGGGAAAAGAGGCUUGGAAAAAAAUAGUCGUCUGCAUCGUCAGCGACGGACGUGCUAAAAUCAACCCAAGGACCAGGGCGGUCCUGGCCGGUCUCGGGGUCUAUCAGGAUGGCAUUGCGAAACAACAAGUCAACGGCAAAGAUGUGACCGCUCACAUCUACGAAUACACAACUCAAGUCGGUCUGGAACUCAAGGGCACACAGGUUUCUCUGAAACCCAGAUCCGCCACGCCCGUCCAACUACUCUUCUGCUUGAAAGAGAAGAAUCAGAAAAAAAUCAACUCGCAUCGUUGGUUCUUUCAAGCAUUCGGCCGGGUGUUAGAUCCUAAUAUCUGCGUGCUGAUCGAUGCGGGUACCAAGCCUGGAAAGGACUCCAUCUAUCAACUUUGGAAGGCGUUUGACCUAGAGCCCAUGUGCGGCGGAGCUUGUGGAGAGAUCAAGGUCAUGCUGGAUCGUGGCAAGAAGCUCUACAACCCUCUCGUCGCCACGCAGAAUUUUGAGUACAAGAUGUCAAAUAUCUUGGACAAACCACUCGAGUCGGCAUUCGGAUUCAUUUCGGUGCUGCCUGGUGCAUUUUCUGCAUAUCGUUACGUGGCCUUGCAGAACGACAAGAACGGUGAGGGUCCGCUGGAGAAGUACUUCAAAGGCGAAACGAUGCAUGCUGAUGCCGGCGUGUUCACUGCCAAUAUGUAUCUCGCCGAAGAUCGGAUUCUCUGUUUCGAGCUCGUGAGCAAACGCAAUUGCCGAUGGAUUUUGCAGUACGUGAAAUCAGCCACCGGUGAGACGGACGUCCCUGAUCGAAUCCCGGAGUUUGUGCUCCAAAGACGACGCUGGCUCAACGGCUCAUUCUUCGCGGCGAUAUAUGCUAUUGCACAUGUCUACCAGCUCGGGCGCAGUGACCAUAGUGUCAUUCGCAAGUUGAUGUUCCUCGUCGAAUUCAUCUACCAGACGAUCAACAUGCUUUUCGCUUGGUUCGCAAUCGGCAACUUUUUCCUGGUGUUCCGACUCUUGACUGCCUCGCUGGGCACAAAGGAAACACUCGGAACGGUAGGCACGGUUUUGGGAGUCGUCUUUGAAUUCGUCUAUCUGGGAACCCUUCUUUACUGCUUUAUUUUGUCCAUGGGCAACCGACCGCAAGGCAAUCCCAAGUCGUACAUGAUGAUGGUGAUUUUCUGGUCGGUGCUCAUGGUGUGGCUGACCUUUGCUUCCAUUUUCUUGACCGUGAAGUCGAUCGAGACCGAGGUCAAUGAAAAGGACUUUAGUUUCUCAACCAUUUUUAACAACAGUACCUUCUUCGGCCUCAUUGUGUCUCUUGCAAGCACAUAUGUUCUCUGGUUCGUGGCAAGCUUUUUGUUCUUCGACCCGUGGCACAUGUUCACCUGCUUCCUCCAAUAUAUCGUCCUCACCCCAACGUACAUCAACGUGCUGAACAUCUACGCCUUCUGCAACACGCAUGACAUCACCUGGGGAACCAAAGGAGAUGAUAAGGCCGAAAAGCUUCCCAGUGCGAAUGUCAAGCCUGGUGGAAUGGUGGACGUGUUGAUUCCCCAGGAUGAUGGUGAUUUGAAUGCACAAUACGACACGGAGUUGAAGAAAUUUGCCACCAAACCCGUCAAGGAAGUCAAAGCACCCAAUCCCGCCGACAAACAGGAGGACUACUACAAGUCUUUCCGAAGCAACGUUGUCACGGCAUGGAUGAUCACCAACUUCAUCUUGGCUGCCGCGGUUUUGAACAUUGCAGGAUUUGAUAGGAUCAAUGUCCACGACACUGAACAGCAGAACUCGACCAUCUACCUGGCUGUUAUUCUAUGGUCGGUAGCCGGGUUGUCUCUGUUCAGAUUUACGGGCGCAUGUUGGUUCUUGAUUGUGAGACUGGUAAGUUCAACGGUGAACCGAGCUGCCUGCUUCCUGUAA